AGCAGGUGCGAUGCAUUUAACUCGCCGCAGCUGCUCGGGAUCAGGGUGUGAGGAGUUUAGGAGGUGUCUGCUAUUCGUCACUGCAGAGGCUGGGCCACCCGAACAGGAAUGAAAUAUUCCCUCACCAAGCAAGCGUUAUCACGGGCCUGUUUGGUAAGUGAAGGACAGAGAAAUGAACUGACCAGCCCAAGGAGCCUGUGAUGUCGUUGCUGGGAACUGAACCAAGAUCUUGUCAGCAGAUCAGUGCUGUCACCAUCCUUUGUUGGGACUGAGAGGUGGAGGGGUGACUGGUGCAAUGCUGCCAGGUCAGGGAGCAGUGGAAGAAAGGGGAAGAGAUGUGGAUUUCAGCCUAAAAUGCAUUAAAGAUAAACGGAUCCCGAUUACCGUUACUGUCGUCAUCACAGCUUUGAUCAUCACCGUAAUUGCACUGGCGGACAAGAAGCCUCCCCCCUGCUCCCGCUGCCCACCCUAUGUCACUGCUGCGUGCCCGGACCGCUGGGUGGGAUACCAAGGGAAAUGCUUCUACUUCUCAGAGACUGAAGAGAACUGGAACAACAGCCAGAGCCACUGCUCUUCCCUCAACGCCUCCCUGGCUUCCAUUGAUUCCCUGCCGGAGCUGGAUUUCAUGCUGCGCUAUAAAGGGCUCCCUGACCACUGGAUUGGCCUCCAGAGGGAACAAGGCGAGGGCCAGCCCUGGAAGUGGACCAACGGUACCAUAUUCAACAACCUGUUUCAGGUCAGAGGGGAAGGGCAGUGCACCUACCUGGAUGAAUAUGGGGUCAGCAGCUCCAGGUGCUACUCAGAGAGACAUUUCAUCUGCAACCGGCUGGACGAUUGCUCUAGAAGGAAGCCAAGUGCCGCAGGAGGGGACACAACAUCUAAGAUCAUUUAAAGGGCCAAUGCAGCCUCUUCAGUGGAUGCAGAACUUACACAUUCAUCGUCUCUUGUGCAGCAUCCUACCUCUGCAACUAUUUCUCCCUCCAGAUCCCGGCUGGAAACCAUCAUUACAAAGCUUACUAUAUGAACUCCACUGCACAAUAACACCAUUGCCAUGGUACUGCUGAACAGGUGAUUUAGAGGUUUAAAUCUAAUAUUCCAUUCAUACCUAAAGUGAAUAAGUUAUUUAGAUUAUGAAGAAUCUCUGCUUUCAUUUAAAAAUGCUUAUAUUUGUAGCUUGCUUGGUUAUGAAUAUACCCUGGCAAAUCAAAGAGAGCCUGAGUCAGCAGAGCGCUUGAAACAAUAACUCAGAAAAGUGCCCCAGCUAAUUAAUUAACAUGUUAACUCUGGAACUUAGUGAUGACACUAACUUCUUUCUUUCUUUUCCUGGUGAGGGUCGUGUCAGCAGCAUGGAGAGUAGGGAGGACUAGACCUCCCUUUCCUCCACAACAGACUCCAGCUCCUCCUGGGGGAUUCCCAAGCAUUUCCAGGCCAGCCAGAAGAUAUAAUCCCUCCAGCGUAUUCUGGGAUGGCCUCGGGGCCUCCUCCCAGUGGUACAUGUUCAGUAGAGUUCCAAAGGAAGCCUUCCAGGGGGCAUCCUUAUUAGGUGCCCAAACCCCCUCAGCUGGCUCCUCUGAAUCUGGCGGUGUAGCAGCAGCUCCUCCCCUGUCUCAGAGUAAGCCCAGCCACCCUGCAGAGAAACCCCAUUUCCUCCACUUGUGCUGCCAAUCUUGUCCUUUCUGU